AUGUUUUAUAAUGUGCCGGCAACUUAAGCUGAUUUCAUUACAAUUUCUUUACACUUGCACUCUACUAUGCUAGCACGCCACUUCUCUAUCAUCAAUGUCAACCAUAUUCUUUCUUUAAUUGCCCCCUAAUUUUAAUUUGUCUCUUUUAAUUUCCCGAUUAGAUGAUAUCUAAUCAUGAAUCAUACCUUUCAGCUACCUCCUAUUAUGUCCCUUACAUUUUAAACCAUGCUAUAAAUGUUAGCAUAGCAUAACUUUUCACAAUUUCAUACUUCAAAACCAUUUUCCUCAGAAGAAAAUACUGCACAGCACAUAAGCUCUAGAUGGAGAAACUGUUUAAGAUUAAAACAACGUUCUUGAAGUUUCUAUCUAAACAACCACCAGUGUCUUUAGCGGGAUAUCAGAACCCAACUCUUAGUCCUUGUCGAUCACCUACAACACAUGUUUCAUUAUUCCCUAAGGAAGCUAGAAGAAAGCACAAAAGGGGAAUUAGUUUUAGUCCAAAAGAACCCACUUCUCCCAAAGUCUCGUGCAUGGGUGAAAUUAAGAGCAAGAAGAAGAAGAAAAAGAAGGAGAAGAAGUUACAUAAAGGGAUUCAGAAUGUUGUUCCAAACAAAAACGUUCUGCUUUGGAUUUCUAAGGGAAGUUAUGAGGGAGGGAGACAAGGUGGGAAAGAGAAGGAAUCAGCUAUAGUGAGUGUUCCUCCAACGUUGAAUUCUAUGAAGAAAUUUACUAGUGGGAGAGGAUCGUUGUGUGAUUUUGAUGCAACACUAUCUGAAAGGUGAAUGCAACAAUUUUUUUUUUUUUUUUUUAUGUAAUAAGAAUGUAACUUUCAUUUAUAGUGCAUCUAUAGCAAAGAUGAAUUUAUUAUGACUGUUUUUGUUGGUAUGAAAUUUAAUGAUUGAUUUAGUCAGGGCCAAAAUAUAUAUAUAUUUUAAUUAGUUUUGAUUUUAGAA